CCGGCCCGCCAGGGGCUGUCCCGGAACAACAGGACCAGCUUUGAGAACCACUGGUCUAGUCUACUUAGCUAAACUCUUUCUCGGUCUCUUAGCCAGUUGCAUCCUAUCCCAGGGGUUCUCAGACUUUAGUGCACUGUGACCUCCUCCUGACAACAAAAAUUAUUACAGGACCCCAGGAAAGGGGACCGAAGCCUGAGUCCCCAUCCAAGCCUCGCUGCCUGGGGGGAGGGGCCAAAGCCAAAACCUGGGCAGUGAGGUUCGGGCUUUGGCCCUGGGCCCCAGCAAGUCUAACGGCAGCCCUGGCAACCGCAUUAAAAUGGGUUCGUGACACACUUUGGGGUCCCAACCCACAACUUGAGAACCACUGUUCUAUCCUGUCCUUCAAGAGGAGCAUAUAUGGCUAAUUCUCUAGGUGCCCCUUCCAGAGUCCAGUGUGCAGAGCAGUUACCAGUGGAUGGCAUUUACAAGAAUACAAGUGACCAGUGAAUCAGCUACAGGUCACUUGUUCCUGUAAUUUAUUGCACUGUGGAAUUUUAUAUGCUCCGAUGGGCAGUAAGUAACUUGAUCUCACCUAUCCGGAUUGAGGUUUUAGUUAUUCCAUUCUGCUAGGUAAUUAGAUUUUGCACAACCUGGUCGGUGGUUAUAAUUAUGUAGCAGACUGAGUGUUUUGGGGGAGGAGCAUUUUUAUAAAUAAUUAUUGUAAAGAUCCCACGUAUUCAGUGUAUUAGCGCUCUCUGACUUUUACGGAUGCUCAUUUGCCCUGUAUUUUAGCAAGAAAGGGCUUUUGCUCUCUAAGUUGGAUGAUGACAAAGUGUUCCACUGUCUUCUUGUUUGGGGCAAGUCACUGCGCCUAUCUGUGCCUUAGUUUUCCCACUUGCAAACCUGGAAUGCUGUUUGUCUUACAGGAGGAUCGAGAGGCUUAAUUACUUUUUGUAAUUCGAGAAACUCAGGUAGAAAGUGCUAUAGAAGUGCAGCGAAGUAUUUUAACAUAUAGUAUAAGAGAGAAUUAGAAGCUAGCAAUGUGUCUUGAUUGGGAGAGGCGUGUUCGUCUAGCAGCUCAAACAUCAGAUGCUGUUUUUCUGUUGCAUAGAAGAGGUGUCCGGAGGAAUGUAAGCAUGAAGCGGUUCAUGGCGCUGCUUAAUAAAAAUAAAAACAAGGACCCUCCACAGGCCAAGCUGCUGGAUCUAGCAGGACAGCUCUGCCACGAUCUUCAGAGCAUGUCUCCCAGCCUGGAGAAGCUGGUUGAGGCAAUGAUGGGGUGCAAGCUUCAGGAAUAUUUCCUCACCAACAUCAAUGUAGUCCGAGCCUGUGUGCUUGUCCAUAUCCACAGAGGUCAGCAUGACACAGCCUGCAGACUCCUGGAGUGUUGCAGGACAGAAGAUAAGAAGGAGCUGCUGCAACUUUGGAAUGAGAUCCACUACCACAAAGUCAUGGAGAAACACCACACAGAUUCCCUGACACCGGUGCAGAAAUUCCGGUGCAGGAAGAGGAAUCCUCCACCAGUUUCCCUGUGUCCUGAAGGCAUAAAGAAUCGAAACUAUCCAGAAAAAGUGCGCCAAAAGCUGCACAGAUUUGCUGCAAACGUGACAAUGAAUCCAAACAAGGAUCAGCGGGAGGGUUUGGCUCAGGAUAUGAACCUGCAGCCAAAUCAGGUCUAUAACUGGUUUGCCAAUUACCGUCGUCGUCAAAAAACACGGCUCAGUCGGCUGGAGAAGCUCAUCAGCUCAAUCGAUGAGGAGCCUUCAACUCGCCAAGCAAAACAUCAGCCUGACAGUGGAUCCUGCAUUCCACAAGCUGCAGCGGCAUUUCAUGCAGGUGUUGGCUCAGAGCAGAAAGAGAUUCUUACCCUUGGACCCUGUGGUCCGGGGUGGGAGCAGUCAGCUGCGGGUCUGGACUGUUCUGCUGAUGGGACCUUUUCAGAAUUGCUGGAACCCAGCUUUCUGCAGAGCAGUGAGUUACAGGAAAUGAGGUCUACUAAAACUUCAGUGACCCCUCUCAACAGUGAAGAGCCAGCAGCUUUCUGCACUAAGACUGAGCAUGGAAUAAGCCUUAGCUCUGCCACCAUGGAGACCAGACAGAUGUCAAGUUACACUGCCACUAGCCCCUGUCUGGAGAACUUUGGCCUGUGCUCCUGUGGCUCACAUCCCUUCCAAACAGAGCAUCUGGACGCAAGGCAGCCAACUACCAGUGCAGAAGGGGUCUCCGGUGCAAGCAGUCAGUGCCCUCUGUGGAGCCCUGGUACAGCAGUUCCCCUCAGGUUGUGCUUGGCAAAUCCCAGUGCCCACCAGUUUCCACAUCCCAUCUGGAGGAAAUCCAGGCCUUGGGACACAGCCAGGUACUGGAGAAUCCACUAAGUGAUCCCGUGAGCAGCGACACAUUCUGGGCAGCAUGGCUACUCUUUGAAUUCUCAGUCGGUGGUCGAAUGUAACUUGCACAGUGAGACUCUGUAUGAUGGUCUGCAGUUCUGCAGUGAUUGCCCCUUUCUCGCCAAAAGAGGCAGUCAGAUAACACAAGGAGGUUAACUGGGAAAGGAGACAUUUUCUAAUUGUUACCAAGUUGAUUUUGGCUACAGUUUUAUCAAGAGUUUUAAAAGUAACAAACAAAAGCAAUGCUCCCUGUGGUUCUUGCAGAUCACAGACUUUAACUGGGACAAUUUGAAACUGUGUAGCCGUUGCAAGUAUUUAGUCACUGGUUCUAUGGAAGUUAAAUUGUUCAGGUCACCCCGUAUUCAUAACUGUGUAUCUGGACGAGAUGGUUCUGGGUCCCUCUAUUGUUGUUGUUGAUGAAGUUGUGUAAAAAGCCCCUCAGUUCAAAGGGAGUAAAACCUCAGAAAUGUCAUCUACAGUGUGGAUGCCCUGUGGGUUUGUUAGGGCUGGAGAAUUUGGGACCUAGCUGAGCCUUGAUACAAAGCUGUCUCCUCCCACUUCUGCAGUUCACCUGUGCUGUGAAUUCUGGGGCACUCCAAAUCCCAUAGUGCCAUAGAUCGCACAUUUUGGAGCACUAUAGAAUUCAUAGCACCCAACGAAACUGUAUUAUAGAGGAUGAGAUGGGGAAAGCCAGAGUGUCAGGGCCCAGUAGCAGGUGGACCUUGAAUUCCCCAUGAAGGUCAGAGGAAUGGAGAGGGUAGGGACAUAUGAACCCUUUCAAUCCACACUUAGAAUUCCCAACUCCAGCUGGACAGGAGCUCUGCAACUGGUCCUAAUGGUUGCCUUUCCCACAGUCUGCAAAAGAGUGAAAAUGAAGGCCUGAUUCUCUACUGCCUUGCACUUACACCUGUACAAAGUGAAUGUAGAACACUGCCAUUUUCAUUCGGUAGCAUAUUAAAUUGACUUCGCGUUUAUUUUGCAGGUACACAUUGACAGCUUGAGGUGCAGGGCAGUGGAGAAGCAGGCCCUGUAUGUCCCUGAGUACCUUGUGAAGCCGCUUUUGGGUUGUGCAGCCCCAGAUUCCCUCAGACUGCAGGAGUAUGUGGCCUCUAAUAGAAAUUGAUAACUGUAUUCAGCUGAAGUCUAAUACCUGAAUAUUGGGCAAAUAUCUGAGGCUCAUCACAGCUCUGAUCGGAGGAGUACACUGCUAACAGUUCCUCUGUUCAGAUACUUUUUCCCAAAUCAGCCUUCAAGCCAUCUGCUUCUGCUCCCUCUCCAUUGUAUUUUUUUUGUUAUAUCACAGAUCAGGAGCCCUACACUUUUCCUUUUAUCUCAUCCCGGAGCUAGAAAAUGGAAAUUGUGAGAGAAAUAGGGGAGAGGAGUUCAUUUGGACCCAGGCUUAAAAACACUGAGGGGCAAAUCAUUGUUUAGCUUUUUAAGUAUUUACCACAAUUGUGUACUUUUUUAAAAAAGAUCGUGGAUCACAAAAGAGGAUCCUUCUUGCCCAGAGUCCAGGCUUAGGGUUCAUUGGUGGAAGGCUGAUGUCCACGUUGACUCUCUUGUAAUGAAGUAAUUUUGCAAAUAAAGGUUAUGAGUGGACAUCUCUCUCUAUGGUUCAUUUUCCACAGAGUAGGAUAUUAUGUGGUUAUAAAAAGACUUUUAAAAAGCAUAAUUCCACCAGGCCUCAGGUAUAUUUGUGCUACUGCAGGGUGUGCAGGCAGCUCCCUCAGGAGUCCAUCUCUAUGAUUCUUACCAAAGUCUCAGUACCUGUGCUGGCAUUUGAUUGCUUUUUCUAACUUGGUUUCCAAACCUUUUGCAUCUGAGACACUUGUGUUUGGAGGGGGCUAUAUAAGAUUGUUGCUGUUUUUUAAUGAGGGGGAUUUAGAUGAAUUGGAGUGUAUAUGUGGUCAGGAAGGAAGCAGUCAUUUGAUGUAGUGGAGGCAGAGGGCCUCUUUCAGGUCAUUUUGAAAUGUGUUGUUCCUAUUUUAACAGACUGGCUUUGUGCUGUCAUUUUCAACACUGGCUAGUUAACCCAUCCCUCUCAUGUGUAGAAUAGUCUUGCAGCAUGGAAGGGCUGCCACAGGCCUCUCGUCGUUCUUAAAAAAUACAUAAAUAAUAAAAUGCAGAGAAGAAAAUGCUGGUCCCUUUAGAGAGCUGAUGUUUCAAAGCAAGUCUCAGUCCUGCUUCCUUCUGCCUCCUGAUUGGGUAUGGAUCCUGGUCUGCCUUUAGCAACAGAGACAGAUAUAUCCAUCUCCUUCGCAAUUGGCUGUAGCAUGCUGUUGCGCCAUAGCAACAGCAGAAGAUGGCUCGGUCUGACAGAUACAUUAGACUGCAGUAUCUUACAAGAACAAUAAAGCAAUGGGCACUUCCCUUGUGUAUCUAAUGUGCAAGUGGCAAAUGAAUAAAUAAGCAUAUUCUGGAGGAAAUGCUGGAAUCUUCACAAGACGUGGAAAAAUAAGCACGCACGUCCAGAAACUGCUUCUAACAGGCAUUUCCAGUGUGAACAAAGGGCUGCAUUGUGAUCUCAGUGACUCUGGUGUAAAAUCCAGAGUUGAAAUGGCGUUCUGUUACCCAAUUCAUGAG